UAAUUGCGCUAAGUAACGCUUGGUUCAUUUUUUUACGCAGGAAUACUUUUUACGUUCAGUCUAACUUGAGCGAUCCAUAGACAACAUGUGGCAGUUAAGCUUCUUCUUUUUAGUCGUGCCAGCGCUGGUACAGACUUAUGAACCAAUGGAAGAUCCUAACCUUUUCGAAGGUGACAUGAUAUUAUCUCCAGAUCAACUAGAAGAAAUUCGAAAUGGUAAAAUUAACAGAGCUGUUCCCAUGGCAGCAACAAAAACAAAUUUGUGGCCAAGAAAAAUACCUUUUGAUUAUCACGAGUUAAAAUGGACAUCCGGUCGAGCAUCAAUCGAUACAGCCUUCAAAGCGUUUGAAAAACACACUUGUUUACGUUUUGUAAGAAGAACCACCGAAAAGGGCUACCUAAAGUUUUACAACAACGGCUGCUCGACGCAAGUUGGAUAUACACAAGGGCCAAGAAGAGUAAAUCUUGGAAAAGAAUGCUGGGAAAAUCAUAUAGCAACGCAUGAAAUAAUGCAUGCUUUAGGUUUUUAUCAUGAACAAAGUAGGCCUGACCGAGAUCAAUUCGUGAAAAUUAGAUACGAAAAUAUCCUAAAAGGACUUGAACGACAAUUUGAAAAAAGGGGUAGUAAUGUGAUCGACUCACUUGGUGUUCCAUACGACUAUAAAUCUAUCAUGCACUACAGAAAAACUGCCUUUUCAAAAAAUCGAGGAAUAACUGUCGAAACUUUGGACCCUACCAAACAAGACGUCAUUGGCGAACAAAAAGCGUUAAGCAAGUCAGACAUCAAGCAAAUCAAUUUACUUUAUAAAUGCAAUGAACCUGAAGUGACACCCUCUCCAUCACAAAAGCCAACACCAGAUUCCCAAUGCACUGAUGUUUAUGACAGGUGUAAUAGUCACAAACAUAAAUGCUCGUCCCCAAAAGAUGACACAUGGUUCAAAUGGGUAGCCGAGAACUGUAAACGAACAUGUGGAUUCUGCUCAGCGUCACCUCAAUCAAUCGAAAAGCUUGGUGACAAUUCAGGUCCUCCUUCUCCUCAAGACACUAUCCAAGCUGGUAGUUCAGAAUGUAAAGACAAGCUUGUCAAUUGUGAUGCAUUUUCCAAAUACUGUUUGUCGUCAGAGAGCUCUUGGAAAAAUUUUCUAAAAACAAAUUGUCCCCAAACAUGUGGAUAUUGCGGACCAGUUACAAAAACAACAGCAAAUCCUAAUUGCUACGAUCUUGCAGACUGCACAGGUUACGUUGCCAGAGGAUAUUGUAGUCCGAAAGCCAUUCCACAUUUCCAUCGAUACAUGAAGAAAAAUUGCAUCAAGAGCUGUGGAUGGUGCGUGAAGGCCACAGCUCUUCCACCAGUUGGAACUGUUCCUCCAUGGCCAAAAGAGUGCGGAGUACCAUCUUUUCAAACAUCAAAGGUAAUUGGAGGCGUGGAUGCAAAGCCAGGGGCAUGGCCAUGGCAGGCUCGAUUAUACAAAACAAACACUAAAACAUCAUAUUGUGGUGCCUCGCUUAUUUCAACUAAUUGGUUAGUAACUGCUGCACAUUGUGUCAAAGGAAAGUCUGCAUUGGAGAUAACGGUUCACCUUGGCGUCCACAGUUUAGCUAAGAAUGAAAAAUCUCUUCAAAAGAUACCAGUACGACAAGUUAUCAUUCAUCAUUCCUACGGAAGGCCAUCCAGAAUGAAUAAUGAUAUCGCUCUCCUGCAACUUGUUAGACCAGCUAUUUUGAAUGAUCGAGUCAAGUCAGUUUGUUUACCGAAACAGGAUGAUUCUGUAAAAGUCGGGACUAAAUGUUACAUAACAGGUUGGGGAAAAACAAAGCACCCUGGUACAGGCUCGAUCAUUCUGCAACAAUCCGACUUAGACAUUGUUGACAACGGUAUAUGCCACGCAUUGAAUUAUGGGAAUUAUAGGAUUCGAGUGACAAAAGGAAUGGUUUGUGCUGGGUUGGGAAAAGGCACUAUACAAGGUGGUUGUCAUGGAGAUUCUGGUGGUCCAUUAGUGUGCAAACAAAACGGUAAAUUUGUUUUGCAUGGUGAUGUGAGUUGGGGAAGUCAUACUUGUGAUACUUCGAAAGGAUAUACAGUGUUCGGAAGAGUCAGUCAUUACAGAACAUGGAUGGAUCAAUAUAUUUACACUUAAAACAAUGUUAAAUUAUUGAAAAAUAAUUAUGCAUCAGUUUAAAAUUUUCUUUUUUCAUUUUAUUGUUUUUGGGACUACAAAAUUAGAGUUGCAUUUGGGCUAAGUUCCUUGAUAUGUUAGCUGUUUCAGGAGUUGGGUUGACAAAAACUACGCAUUCUUAGAAACCAGCGUGCACAUAAGAAAACCAUUGAAAGCCCUUUUUGGUAUGUGUAUGGUAUAUGUCUGGUGAAUCGAACACACAUAAGGAAAUUUAAUCGAAGUAUCAAAUCUUAAUGCACUAGUAAACAUAUUUUUUGGUACAAAAAAUCCUCAGGAACCUGUUAUUCCUAAAAUUGAUAAAUGAGUGUUUUUCUAAUACAAGGGCCUUUCUAACAUGUACCUUCCUACCAUGUACCUCCUUAACAAGUACCUCCUUAGGAUAUACCUCCCUAACAUAUACC